GCCUGUUCAUACUGAUAUAUUUGCGCUGCAAUACCUCUCGAACAAAUAUCAAACAUGCCUUUCCCUUAUAAACACGUACUCCUCAUCGGCGCCACGUCCGGUAUUGGCAAAGCCAUGGCCGACCGCUUUAUCGAUGAAGGGGUGAAAGUUACUGCAGUGGGUCGACGACAAGAACGCCUUGACGAUUUUGUAUCGAGCCACGGCAGCGACAAGGCAUCCAGCUUCGCUUUCGACAUUGGUGACUUGGACAAGAUUCCAACAUUUGUUGAGAUUACCAUGAAGACUUAUCCUUCAAUCGAUUGCGUCUUUCUCAACGCUGGAACUCAUCAUCGCUUUGACUUCUCGAAGCCCGACUCAGUUGAUCUAGAAGUCUUCAAUCGUGAGAUAACCGUUAAUUUCACCUCCUUCGUCGCUUUAGCUCACGCUCUGCUUCCGCCUCUUCUCGCUUCCAAUGAGCACUCAAGUUUGAUCUUUACUGGCACACCGAUCAGCCUAGUUCCUGCUUUCAUUUUGCCUGCCUAUUCCGCAUCCAAGGCAGCUCUUGAUGCAUUCAUCAUGUGCCUGCGAGAGCAAUUGAGAGACACGAACGUGCGGGUCAUGCACAUUAGUCCUGGGCCUAUCCAGACCGAGCUGCAUGACAGUGAAAUGGGGCAGGAGUCGGGAAGAAGUUUCGGGAUGCCUCUGAAAGACUUCGUGGAUCAGGCGUAUGCUGGAUUGAACGAGGGAAGAGCAGACAUCUUUCCCGGAUGCGUAGGCGGAUCUACUAAGGAGCAGUUUAUGGAGAUUGUGGAGAAGAGGGGCGGGGGAUUUGCAAGAUUGUCCAAGCUCUUACGUGGUAUUUACUAA